AUGUUUUGGAGUUUUGGAUAUGCUCUUACACUAAUCUGUGCUACAUGCAGCUUUAGUGCUCCUAGCAACCAGCAUCUUGGUGAGAAUGGAAAAUAUGAUUUGUCCUAUGUGUGGUUCAUCCUUAAAGCUGAAACAGAUUAAUUUCACAAUUGCUAUCUACAUAUGCAUUGAUCUUAAAUGCCCUUAUCCAGUAAAUGAGCAAUGUUUAGAAGUCUAUAGGAAAUUGGGGAAUAUGAACUCAGAUAUGAUUAUCCCUGAGCUCCAUACAGCAAACAAUAAUAAUUCUAUUGAAAGCUCCAACAAAAACAACAAACAGGUAUCACCUCCCAUUGCAGAAGAAAAUAAGGAUUUUGAUUUGGAUUCAUUAGUUGAAAACACUCUAACAAACUUGAAUAAUUAUAUAAACCAGAAUGAAACACCAUCAACACAUACUGCUGGGCAAGAAAUAGGCAUGUUUAAGGAUGAAAGGAAUGAACAGUUUCAGACAGUUCAUAUAAAUAAUGAAGAACAUUUGGAUGAACUUGAAAGCAUAUUCAGUGAACUGAGAUAG